AUGCAAAAUUAAUAAUUUUGUGAGGGAAGGAAAAUCGACUUGGGUUGGUUGACAGAUGCCAAGAAUGAUUAUCACACCCUGCUUACCAAAUCCUUCAGAUAGCAAUUCAAGGAGGAAUAAUAGAAUAUAGCAAAUAAGGAAUUGAUUACGGAUGAAAUGAUCAUGAGUCUUUGUCUCAGUGUUGAUUAAAAGAAGGAAGAAUUGGUGAUGCAAAAGAAGAGUAGUGUAACAGGUGGUUAUUUGGAUAGACAAGUAAGAUUUGAGAAGCACAUCCUUCAAUAACUCAAAGAUCAUAAGCCUGUAAAAUCAUUCCCUCUUUAUUAAAGAGUCUAUGUGGAAACCAAGGCAGCUGAUUAAAAGACUUGGUACAACAAAAAUGGUGAUAUGGCAAGAUUAUUACUGGAUUUUGAGAAAGGACAUUCUGGUGUUUACAUUUAUAGAAAGGAUAAAAAUUAGGCAAUAAAGUGGCAAAGAUAUUUGAUAAUUGAGAAAUUAUUGCAAGUGAAACCAAAAUUAGUUGCUAGAUGUUUUGAAUAUUGUUAUUAAGAAUAUGAGGAAAAGUUUACAUUUACUUGGGCAUUAUAAUUUGCUUAACUUCUUGGAACUUACACAACACAAAUGAAUUAAUUGAAAAAGCAAAAAGCUAAAUUGGAUGAAAACUUUUUGAUCUCUUUAGACAGAUAGGUCAUGAAUUAUCAUAUUAAAAAAUGGUAAGCCAAGAGUGAGAAGUAAUACAAAGAUGAACAAGAUUAUCAAGAAAAAAUGAAGCAAUUAUCAUUGAAAGAAUAAGAACAAUUGAAGGCUACAGAAAAUUAGAGAGAAUUAGAAAGAUAAUCCAAAGAAAAGAGGAGAUUGGAAUUAUUAGAGCAAAUGGUCACCUAUCUGAGACCAAAGAAUUAGGAAAUCAAGCGAUUCUACAAGUAUUGGUAGGAUAGAGCAAUUCAUAUUCAUCACAACAAACCAAAAGAGUUUUCUAUCAAAUUUCUUAGCAUGUAUAUGCAGAGCAACACCUAAUUGAUACGCCCUUAAUUAGAAGUAAGAUUUGUAUCUGAAAGAACAGAGAACACUAAAGAUAUCGAAAACACAAAACAAUUAGACGGCUUACAAUAUCAUAUUGACUAAAACCCAUAUUACACUACUCGUCUCCUAACUCAGAUGAGUCAAUAAAGAAGAAGAGACUUCACCAGUUGGGUUUUCAAAGAUGGAUUACUUGGAGUAUGCGGCAAUAAAACAAUUACUAUUGAGAAUUUGGGAUACAGAGAUUUUCUGGACCUUUAAGUUAUAGAUACAAUUAAAACCAAUACAUCUUCAAAAGUCCUGAGAAUAUAAUUGCAGGAUUUGGUUCAAUAUCUAUAUGAAGGUCGAUCAUUUUGGGUGCAAUUGGAAUUUGGAGCUUCCAAAAUCUUUGUAGAAAUGGACAUACUCGAACGUUCAAACAUUGACCCCAUUUUUUUAGAUAGGCUGAAGUUCAUCUAAUUAAAUGGCAUUCUCAGAAAGAUAGCUUUAAAGAUCAUUGAACAGAGAACCCCAGUUCCAAUUUCAGAAGCUGUGAGAUAUGAUCUUGAAAUUGAUAAAUACGGUGAAGAAAUUCAAAGUUUGUAUUAAGGAUUUUAUAUUGAGAACAUUUGUUUAUAGCCUCCAUGUAUUCCUACAGCUUGGUUCUCUUCUUUGGAUGGAAUGGAUAAAGUAGUUAAGCCUAUCAUAGACAUCCUUAAAAGAAAUUUCUAAGAUUUUGUGGACAAUGAAGAAAAUGUGAAAAUUUAUUAACAAUUAAAAUCAACUCCAAAUUUGACUUUGCCUUAGGAGAAAGAUGUCCAUGAAUUCAUGAACAGAUUACCUGUUAUUUAAGCACAUUAGCAUAAACAAUGUCAAAGCAUGUUAAUAACAUUCUUGAUUUAUUGUAAUGUUAGAGGAAUUUAAUUAAAUACUUCACUACUCAAUACUAUAUUUACAAUUGCAAGUAAAUUUAUGUGUAUUACGCAUUCUCACUUUUUUUAUAAACUUUCAAAUCCUGUGUUUGGCGAUAAAUUUGAUUCAGAAGCUCAAGCAUUUUGGCUCUUUGUGUCGUUCUUAGAUCUAAUGAGAAAUAUUCGAUUUCCAUUAACUAAAGAAGAUGCUUUGUUUUGUCCUUAAGAGACAGUCAUACAAUAUUUGGAGUUUCAACAUCAGAGUCUGAUGAAGCAUUGCAAAAUUUAUGACAUUGCUAUUAGCAAUAUCAUCUACGACAUUCUAAUUAGUUUCUACACUAAUAUUGUUCAAUCUUUGCCCUUAUAUAAUAUUUGGAGUUUGAUCAUAAGAAAGAUGAAUACAAAUAAGAAUGUCUACCUGAUCGUAUUGAUUGUAUUGAUUGAGGAAUUGGGAGACAAGUUAUUGCUUUGUCAAAAUACGGAAGAUUUUAAGAACGCCAUUUCUUUGCAAGCUUAGCUUAUGGAUAUCCUUCAAUUGGAAGCAUCGUAUUCAAGUUGUGAAUCAACCCUGAAUAGGGUCAUUAAUUCAGAGCGAUCGGUGUAUCAAUCGAUUGAACACUCUAACAUCCAUGAGCCUUUGAUAUAGGACAAUUGAUUUAUAAAAAUAAUAUGUAAUUA